AUGGGAUUGAUGGGAUUGAAGAGUAAGGCAGUUUUCGAAGUGAGAACGGCAACAAUCUCGACGUGGAAGCAGAAGUUUGGAUGGGAGAAAGUGGAGAAGGCGGUGGUUCUGGUCGAAUGGACGAAGGACGAUAAGCAGUUGAAGGCGUUGGUGAACUUGGUGGAGGAGAUAGCCAAGGAAGUUGGGGAAUUGGUGGUGGUACCGGAAAGAAUGGAGUGCGGAUACGACGAGGUUGGAGGAGUCACCGAAACAUGGCAGAAAGUAAGGAAGACGGCGCCGAAUGUGGAAGUCGUGGAUCCAAUGACUCCAGUAGGACCCAAGAAGAUGCCGUUGAUCCUCUGUGACUUGAAACCAGGAUCGCUGGAGAAGAUGAUGGAAUACUUGGCGUGCGCCAUCCCAGGCCACUCGUUGGUGGAUCGACUGAGAGCAGACGUUGAAGACUCAGAGCCAAAGAUCAAGAAGCACCGUGCAAAUUGA